GCCCGAGGCGGGCCGGGCGGCGAUGCCGCUGGAGGCGCAGGACGCGGUGUACGUGGCGCUGGAGCUGGCGCUGGCCGCGCUGUCGGUGACCGGCAACGUGCUGGUGUGCGCGGCGGUGGGCACCUCGACCGUGCUGCAGACGCCCACCAACUACUUUUUGGUGUCGCUGGCCGCGGCCGACGUGGCCGUGGGGCUGUUCGCCAUCCCCUUCGCCGUCACCAUCAGCCUGGGCUUCUGCACCGACUUCCACAGCUGCCUCUUCCUCGCCUGUUUCGUGCUCGUGCUCACGCAGAGCUCCAUCUUCAGCCUCCUGGCCGUGGCCGUCGACAGAUACCUGGCCGUGCGCGUCCCGCUCAGGUAUAAGAGUCUGGUCACUGGGGCCCGAGCGAGAGGAGUCAUAGCUGCCCUCUGGGGCCUGGCCUUUGGCAUUGGCUUGACACCAUUCCUGGGGUGGAACAGCAGAAAAAGUGCCAUCAACUGCACGGAGCCGGGGGAUGGAGCCGCGAACGUGACCUGCUGCCUCAUCAGGUGUCUCUUCGAAAACGUGGUGCCCAUGAGCUACAUGGUGUACUUCAACUUUUUUGGCUGCGUCCUGCCCCCACUGCUCAUCAUGCUGGUCAUCUAUGUCAAGAUCUUCCUGGUGGCCUGCAGGCAGCUACAGCGCACAGAGCUCAUGGACCACUCAAGGACUGUCCUCCAGCGGGAGAUCCACGCGGCCAAGUCCCUGGCCAUGAUUGUUGGCAUCUUUGCCCUGUGCUGGCUGCCGGUCCACGCCAUCAACUGUGCCUCACUCUUCCAGCCAACCUGGGCCAAGGAGAAGCCCAAGUGGGCGAUGAACAUAGCCAUCCUCCUGUCACACGCCAACUCGGCUGUCAACCCCAUCGUCUACGCCUACCGGAACCGAGACUUCCGCUACACUUUUCACAAAAUCAUUUCCAGGUACAUCCUCUGCCAGACGGAUGUCUUCAAGAGUGGGGAGGGGCAGGUGGGGUCGCAGCCCACUCUCCAGCUGGGCCUAUGACCCAGGCUCUGGCCUCUUCCAGGAGAAGGCUCAGUAACAAAGGGACGGGGCACGCUUGGCCAGUUCUCACUGGAAAGACAGCAACCCUCACAGGCCAGCCGGUUGCCUCUUCUGGGUGCUUCCCUGGAGAUUCCAAGUACCUCGUUAACAUGUGACUACUACUUCCUGAGGUUGACAAAUGUAUUUAUGGCUCUCUGGCUGCUUUGUGUGGAUGCUGCUGAUGAUAUGAAUGGAUUGUAAAAGUAUGUUUUGCUUUUUUUUAAGAGUCUGCCUCUUUUAUAGUAGAAAAUGAUCAAAACUAUUUUACUGUGACAUACUGUGAACUAUAAUACAAAUUUUUUUUUAACUUGGAGGCAAUGGGAAAGGUUGGACACGUUAAAAAUACCUAUUCUGAGGAAGGUGACCAGGAAAAGUAAAAGUAUUAAUCUUCAACCAAGAGACUGCUGUUUUAGGGAAAUGACAGGCUUGUAAGUUCUUACAUAGAGCAUCACAGCAGGCUCGACAACAUUGUGCUCCAUGUACAGCACCCCACCCCAGAAGCAGCUGGAGAAGCGGGGUCCUCCACUACCAGGCUCCAAUCCCCUCCCAGAGCUAGGUGGUGAUUUUUAUGUCUCUCCCAAGUUCAAGUUUGGCCAUGAUGCUGGACCCCAAAGUGAAAAUUUUACU